UGGCGCCAACAAAACGUUCCCUGUCCCCCCCCCUCUCCCCUCUAUUCUGCCGGUUAAGGAAACACUCUGCUGUCAAAUUCCACUCUCUUUAUUUUCGUUCAGCUGAAGCUCUCAGCAGCCGGGACUGUCAGAGUUUUACCGUAAAAGCCUUACUUUUACGAACAAUGCCUUUCCAGUAUCCAAACGCAUAUCGCGACGAAGCCGUGGUGGAUGAUUACCAUGGGCAGAAGAUUCCUGACCCAUACAGCUGGCUGGAGGAUCCCGACAGUGAGAAAACUCAGGCCUUUGUGAAUGCUCAGAACCAGUUGACGUUGCCCUUCCUGGAGGAGUGUCCGGUCAGGGAAGUUUUUAAAGAGCGAAUGACUGAGCUCUAUGAUUACCCCAAGUACAGCUGCCCCUUCAAACGUGGGGAAAGGUACUUUCACUUCUAUAACACAGGCUUGCAGAACCAAAGCGUUCUCUACGUUCAGGAUAACCUGGAUGCAGAACCGCGUGUGUUCCUGGACCCAAACACGUUCUCAGACGACGGAACUGUAGCUUUACGAGGUUAUGCGUUCUCAGAGGAUGGAGAGUAUCUGGCAUACGGUACCAGUGCGAGUGGUUCUGACUGGGUGGAGAUCCACUUCCUCCGGGUGGACGGAGCCGUGGCUCUGGAGGACCAGCUGGACCGAGUAAAGUUCAGCUGCAUGUCCUGGACCCACGAUGGAAAAGGACUGUUCUACAACUCUUACCCUGAACAGGAGGGCAAGAGUGACGGCACAGAGACAUCCACUAAUCUGAAUCAGAAGCUGUACUACCAUGUGCUGGGCACUCCACAGUCUCAGGAUGUGCUGUGUGCAGAGUUCCCCGACGAGCCCAAGUGGAUGAGUGGAGCUGAGGUAUCUGAUGACGGCCGUUACGUGUUGCUGUCUAUCAGAGAAGGUUGUGAUCCGGUGAAUAGGUUGUGGUACUGCGACCUCAACACGCUCCCAGACGGCAUCACAGGGUUGUUGCCGUGGGUGAAGCUGAUCGACAACUUUGAUGCAGAAUAUGAGUACGUAACGAACGAGGACACAGUUUUCACCUUCAAAACCAACCUGGACGCGCCACGCUACCGCCUCAUAAAUGUAGAUUUUGCUGAUCCGGCACCCAGCCAGUGGAAGGAGCUCCUCCCUCAGCACGAUAAAGAUGUCAUUGUUUUUGCUACCUGCUCGUACUCCACCCUUCUGUUCGUGUGCUAUCUUCACGAUGUGAAGAAUGUGUUGAAGAUGUAUCAGCUGGCAUCAGGAGAGGAGCUGAAGACGUUCCCCUUAGAGGUGGGCUCCAUCGUGGGCUUCACCGGCCGCAAGAAGGACUCUGAGAUUUUCUACUACUUCACCUCUUUCCUCUCGCCAGCCAUCAUCUACCAUUGUGACCUGACCAAAGAUCCUCUGCAGCCACACGUCUUCAGAGAGGUCACAGUAAAGGGCUUUAACACUGCGGAGUACCAGACCACACAGGUAUUUUAUCCUAGUAAAGAUGGCACUCAGAUCCCGAUGUUCAUCGUGCAUAAGAAAGGCAUCCAGCUGGACGGCUCCCACCCUGCCUUCCUCUAUGGCUAUGGAGGGUUCAACAUCUCCAUAACACCCAGCUAUAGUGUGUCCAGGCUCAUUUUUGUACGGCAUCUGGGAGGAGUUUUAGCUGUGGCCAACAUCCGAGGGGGAGGAGAGUACGGAGAAACAUGGCACAAAGGUGGUAUGCUGGGGAACAAGCAGAAUUGUUUCACUGAUUUCCAGUGCGCAGCGGAAUAUCUGAUAAAGGAGGGCUACUCCUCGCCGAAGAAGCUCACCAUCAAUGGGGGCUCCAACGGAGGGCUGCUCGUGGCGGCGUGUGUGAAUCAGAGGCCUGAUCUGUUCGGCUGCGCUGUAGCUCAGGUCGGAGUGAUGGACAUGCUGAAGUUCCAUAAGUUCACGAUCGGCCACGCCUGGACCACCGACUUCGGCUGCUCGGAGAUUAAAGACCAGUUCGAUUGGCUUAUCAAGUACUCUCCUCUUCAUAACAUCCACAUCCCUGAAGGUGAAGGUGUGCAGUACCCGGCUGUGUUGUUGUUGACCGGCGACCAUGACGACCGCGUGGUUCCUCUACACUCGCUGAAGUACAUCGCCACCCUUCAGCACGCGAUUGGUCGCUGGCCCAGCCAGUCAAACCCUCUGUUCAUUUACGUCGACACUAAGUCAGGGCACGGGGCCGGGAAGCCCACCACUAAGGUCAUCCAGGAGGUGGCCGACACGUACGCCUUCAUUGCCCGCUGCCUGGACCUCAGCUGGAUCAACUAGUAAAUGUACAUACGGGGGCGCACAGACGCAGGGACAGCUACACAGCUCUGCAUCUGUUUUAAUUCACUUCUCUUUGACAUGUCUGGCUCAAGAAAGUAUUAAUACCCGUUUCUCUUUAUCUCUGUACUUCAGCUUCUGGGACUCUCUGUUCUGACUUUCUCUUUAAAGUAGUACUUGAUCGUUUUUAAACUAUCCUCUAUUCACUGCAUCUUCAUAAUACAUUCGAUUAUCACAGCAAUUUCAACACGUCUGUCUUCAGAUAAGAAAAGAACACAACUUGCUUAUAAUAGGAGUCAAUGAGCAGUUGCUGAAUUCUAUGAAUAAGCAUUUUAAAGUAGAGACUGUAAAACAUUGAGUGUGUGUACAUGCACUUAGUAAUCCGAUAAUGGGGAAACUCCAGGUCUAUAAGAGUCGGACAGUAAUCAGAUUUCUGCUCUACAACCAGCCAGUAAACUCUCAGAAGAAGACGUGAUGUAAACGUAACGUAAAACUCGAAUUUUAGCUGCAGCUUUCCUUUAAAACGUCAUGUCACUUUACCUGGAAAUAUGAACAUGCAUCGUCUAAAUGAUCCUUCAUUUCGUAUUUGGUUCCAGCGCUGCUCCAGAAGUGUUGUGCUGCAUCUCGCGGCGACGCUGCUCGCUUAUUUCCAGUACCGCCGUCUGUUUUCACACACGUACAGGCUGAGAAAUCCGAAAGAAAGUCCACAUGCACCGAGAAAUUUGAUUACGGAGCUUAAAUCCAGCCUCAGUAUCUGAUUUCUAGAUCGGAGUACUGUGUUUACAUGACCAGUUUAAUCAUCUGAUCACUGCAAAAAUCCGAUCACGAUGCAUGUAAACACACGUUAAGAUGAGACGGACCGAGAGAAUGUCUUAAAGGGGAAUUCCACCCGUUUUUCAAAGUUCCUGCGUAAUUCUUUAAAAAGCCCAAGUCAGUGGGGUUUGAUGGGAAACGCUUCAUUCUAAAGAAUCUGUCAGAAUUGGUGACAGUGGUGGUGAAUGGAACCAGACGUCCUCUUCUGUAAGCGUCUCUGCAGUGGAACGUUUCACAUCACAUCUCCAAAUGACUUGUCAUUUCACUUUUCCUAAAGUUUUCUGAUAUCCAUGGAAAUCAGGCAGAUGUUCAGAAAAAUCUACCCACCCUCUUUAGUCCCACAGGAAAAAGUAACAGAUUUACAGCGUCCUUUAAAAAUACCUUAGACUGAAGAAAAGUCCAUGUUUCCCACAAACGUUUACCAAUGGAAAUCAGCAGCUGCCCACUGGCUCCUAUUAUAAAUAAGUGAGCUGCUUUUUGUUUCUAAGUACAGACGGACGUGUUUGAACAGUCGUCUGAUCUCGAUGGUCAGAUACAGGUGCAGCCGAUGGGGAUCAGGUUUAGGAAUGCUGUAGUUUUCCUUUCAACUCUAAACCUUUUCACUUCAACCAGCCUUGUUCUUUCUUCAUCCAGUCCAGACGUCGUCCUCCACCCCUCUCACGAUUCCCCUUUUUCUUUACGUCUAUCUCACUCCCGUUUUCUCUUGAUCUCGCACUUCUCUCUCCCUUUUUUCGUCUCACUCUUUUUCCCAUAUAUCUUGUUCUUUCUUUCACUGUAUCUUUUCCUUGUCCGUCUUUUCUCCCCAACUCUUUUCAUCUUUUCCCUUUUC